GUGUUUGAUGCACGCUAGCGUGCUCAAUGGCUCGAUGCGUUAGACUCACUCUUUCCUGCCCUGUUUUAUCCGCAUCGUUCCUUGUGAUUGCGUUGCAAUUAUGUAUCAGGUUCGUCGCUCUUCCCUCAGGAAAGUUCAAGCACUGGAGGUCAGGAAAGCGCCAUAUCAACACAGGAAUGGAUCGCGGUUGUCUCAACAAGGCCGGCAAGGCGGCUUAUGCGACACCUCGCCAAUCCAAGCACCUGCGUCGUUUGAUGCCCUACGCAUAAGUAAGAGAUCCUCCCACGUUCGCAGGACAAUGCACUCGUGGCGGAAGAAUGGAAUGGGAUUAAUGGAGAACUAUACAAUAUAGAAUUUGCAACAAUAUACAAUUGGAUCUAUCAUUUCAACCUCCA